AUGGCCAGAGGAAGGCGUCAGCGCAAGCAGCUGGUGGCCGACGAGUCUCUCAUCACGGACUUUGACCUCGCACUCGACGACUCUCCCCUGCCACCCGACAAUCUCACCUCUGACAAAGUCUCGGAAGAUCUUCGUCGACUGCACCGACAAUCCGUGCCUCUUCCCUCGUCCACCGAGCUGCACUGCGCCCCCCUCCUUCCGGACACCCUUCUUGAUGCGCCCUCGCUCGACCCGUCUCUGCGGCCAGGGCUCUUCGACGCCGAGGACCCCUUCUUCACUCCGGCUGGCCUGGACGGAAACUCGGCGACUGGCAAAGGUGACUCCCAAGGACAGGAGGCUGAGCAAGAAGAGCGCGCGAUGCGCUAUAUGUCAUCGGAUGAGCCGAUGAAUGCCUGGGUGCCAAAGCAGGAGAAAUACCUGCGGGAGCUCCUGCGUCAAGACGGGUGCGGCGGCUACGCGCGCGACGUGUGCAAGUCUUGCCCGGAGGGUAAGUCCCCGGGCGAGGCGGUCAUCCGCUGCCGGGACUGCUCCCCGAUGCCUCUGUGCUGUCCGGACUGCGCUGUCCGUUGCCACGAGCAUAACCCGUACCAUCGCGUUCAGCGCUGGGAUGGCGGCACGUUCGUGGUAACCUCUCUCAGGGAGCUCGGCCUCGUCGUGCGCCUUGGGCACGAAAGCGACGGCUGCGCCUGUUCAACGCCAAGGUUCGCCCGCUCCGACUUCUCUGUGCUGGGGACGCCGGCGACGCGGUGGAGCAGCUACUCCACCAUCGGCUCUAUCCAGCGACCGAUGUCGAUCCCAACACCGUCUUCACCUUCGAGCUCCUCGAGCACUACCACAUCCAAGAGUCUCCAGGGCAAGAUAUCGAUGUACGACUAUUACACGUCGCUCGAGCGCCUCACCGACAACACCGGCACCUCGAGAAUUCAAGACCGAUACACGGUGUUCAUGCGCGUCGUCGCCCAAUGGCGCUAUCUCAAACGCCUGAAGCGGUGCGGGCGCGGGCACGACCCAGAAGGCGUUGCAAACACUCAGCCUGGAGAGCUAGCGGUGAAAUGUCCCGCCUGUCCCCACGUGGGCAUCAACCUCCCUCCGAACUGGGAUACCGUGUCGGACGACUUGAAGUAUCUCUACAUGAUGACCGUCGCCAUCGACACCUGCUUCCGGCUUAAGCGCCGCGCGGUCUCCAACACCGACAAGGAUCCCAUCUUGGGCAGUGGGUGGGGGUAUUUCGUCGAGGAUACGGGGUAUCAGGAGGUGUUACGUGGGUAUGGAGACCAGGAGGAGAUGUCGACAUGCACCGGUCUCUCUGCAAUCGACCACGCCAAUAACAAGUUCUCCAAAGGCUACGCUGCGACGGGCGUGCUGGCGAUAGUGUGCGCGCGCCACGAGUUCUGGCUGGCACUCGGCGCCGGCGAUACGCAGAAGGGCGAGAAGUACAUCAAUACAGACUACAUUUUCGUCUGCGCUAUGCGCGAAUACCUCGUCCUCAACAAGCUCGUGAGCUACGACAUUGCCUGCCAGUGGUUGAAGAACAUCCUGGAGCGGAUCGCAAACCUCCCCUCCCACAUCCAAACCCCCGUCCCGGAGGGUUCGAUCAUGUACGCCAUCCCGAAACUCCAUUACGCCAGCCACCAGCAAGUUGGACACUCGAAGUUCUCCUUGAACUUCCGGAUCGGCUGCGCACGUACCAAUGGCGAGGGCAUCGAGCGGCGGUGGUGGUGGAUUCAACCCAUCGCAAACAGCACAAAGAUGAUGGGCCCUGGAAUGCGUCAAGGGGUUCUCGAGGACCAGUGGAGUUAUUCUAACUGGAGGAAGAUGGUUGAGCUCGGCCGAACGCUAGCCACCCGCCUCAAGGAAGCCAUUGAAGAACUUCGCGAACAGAAGAUCGUGUUCAAGGCGCUCACGGACCAGUUGCAGGAGGGGCAUGUUGUGUUAUGGGAGGCGGAGGUCCAAGUGUGGGAGGCCGACCCUGGCAGCUGCGACGACCCCUACAUCGUCAUCUCCCAAGGGAUGACUGAGGCUGAGACCGUGCGCGUGCUUUCCGAGGAGGAGCAAGUGGUGAGCGCGAAGCCCGGCUUUGUUGCGCUGCACAAUGUCUCUCUGCUCGGCUUCGUCAACCUCGGUCUCGAGGUGGAGGCAACACAGGCGCGGCUUCUCGAGGACGUCAAGGGUGCGGUUCCUAGCAAGCUCUCCGAAAUACACGAAAGGCGAACGUCGCUCCGGUGCAAGAUUCAAAAGUUUCGCGAACUCCAGUCAAUCUACAUGCCGGCCGUUGCCCCUGUACUCGCGGAGGACCCGGUGUGCUGCACGGAGGUACAACAAGUGGAGCGCAUCCGCAUCGGACUCCCUUCGGAGAUCAGCGCAUCCCCUCGCGACGCGGCACAAUGCCGGGACGCCUUACAAGACCUACGGAACAAGCUACACACAAUCGACCAGCUCUACCACUACAAGAAGCUCAACGUGCGCAAUCAGGGUCCCAACACUCGUGCGCGGACCGGGAUUUCGCAACAGGAGGUCCGUAAAGCCCGCGCCGCGAAGAAGUACCGGCGCGCGUGUCGCGCAAAGCUGGCGCUCUCCGGCGCGGGGCCAUGGGAGGCCGAACUGAAGGUUCUGGAGGACGACGACAUCCGGGGCAUCCAGGACGACGAUCCUCGUGCGGUGGAGAAGCGCAAGCGCAAGCGCGGGGACAAGGCCGGGCCAGCAGAGGGUCGCCGGAAGAUCUCUUGGAUCUGGCGCGCGGCGGACGUCGGGGGCUCGGAGAAGCUCAUCGAUAGUCUCCGCAUUGAGUGGCUCAAGAGCCGCGCCCGCAAGAUGUGCUGGGAGGAGGAGGUGAGGCUCCUCCCGGAGGAGAUGCGUGGCGUCCUCGCCACCUACCGCUACGAGAGCAACAGGUGGCAGGCACGCGCCGGCGCGGCCCAGGAGUGCUCCCAAGACCCCUAUGUCCAAGAGGGGCUGCGGGCGUACGCGUUGAAGCAGGCGCGCAUCCGCCAGCUGAUGGCGCGGGUGUGCUUGAAGGCCUGCCAGCCGACUGCAAAACGGGCGUCUGCGGGAACAGGGAGUGAAUGGGAGGGGUGGGUGGACGGUGCUUACGAUGUGGAUGCACCGACGGAGGAGGAGGAGGACGCGUUCAACGACUAUGUAGCCAUGUAUCAGUUGGCGGGACCAUCGUCAUCGCCGGGCACCUUGCGCAGGCCUCCUGAAUGGGAGCACCCAAUGGUCGACUUUGAGGCCAGCUCGAUCGACGACGUCGACGUCGACGAGGCUCGCAUUAAGAAGCUGUCGGACCGAAGGCGUCACCGCCAAAUAAAACGGGGCCAGGACAGCCGAAGCCUACAACUGCACACGGAUAUUGCUGUUUUAAGAGCUGACGCGCCGGAUCUAUUCAUUGUGCACUACGACUGA